AUGGAGCAGGAUAUUUUCAAGGGGCUGAUGCAGCUUGAAAGACUAUCCUUGGAUCGAAACAAAUUUGAAGGGCGAAUUCCUAUGUCCGUUUGGAGUCUCAGAAAUUUAACGAGCAUUCUUGAAGACAUCAGGCAAUUGGAUCAGCUUGUUCGCCUAGAAUUAUCUACAAAUAUCUUGACUGGUCCUAUUCCAGCUUCAGUUUCUUAUCUCAGGAACUUGGAGUUCGUGUAUCUCCAUAAAAAUAAGCUCAGCGGUCCUCUACCACCAGGAAUCGGAAACUGCACUUCUCUGGUCGAUAUUAUAUUACGUGAAAACAACAUCAGUGGAAUUAUUCCUCCUGAAAUUUGUGGCCUACGGAGUUUGGAGUAUCUCGUGCUGAAUCACAAUCAGAUUGAGGGUCCUAUACCACAUUGUAUAGACAGUUUGAUCUCUCUUCAAGUGUUCAGCAUUCUUGAUAACCGUAUGACAGGCAGAAUACCCCCUGGAAUUACCAAGUUGGCAAACCUUACACAAAUUAAUUUGUCCCUGAACAAGUUAGAAGGAGAGGUUCCAUCAGAUCUGGGCAAGAAUGUUCCUGGUUUACGUAUCUUGGAUCUUAAAGGAAAUCAGUUUACUGGAGAAAUUCCAAGUGCUGCGUGCUCUGGCAGCCGUCUUUGGCGCUUCAUCCUUGACGACAACAAAUUUACAGGCGGUUUCCCCACAGAAAUCAUCAGAUGUAAGUCUCUGAUUAGAUUCUCUCUCAAAAACAAUCGUUUGCAAGGAAGCAUACCGAAUGACAUGGGAAAUUCAUCCAGCAUUGAAUAUUUUAAUAUUAGAGGAAACAUGUUUGAAGCAACCAUCCCAAUGAUAUUUGCUUCUUGGAGAAAUCUCUCAUUGGUUGAUCUUUCAGAGAAUAAGUUUUCAGGCUCAAUACCAAAGAAAUUUGGGGAGCUUCAAAAUCUUGUAGAACUAUAUAUUUCUUCAAACAGAUUGACAGAAGAAAUUCCUGCUGAGCUGAGUCGUUGUCCAAAAAUUAACAUACUAGACCUCAGCAAGAAUCAACUUGAAGGAGGUGUCUCGCUUCAGAUCCUUUCUUCAUCAACAAUGACAAUCAUUCAGCUUCAAGACAACAAUUUAACUGGAGGGAUUCCAGAGGCUUUUUCCAGUAGCAAACACCUGCUACAGCUGCAGCUUGGGAACAAUUUGCUUGGGGGUCAGUUUCCUUGCUGUCUGAGUAGAAUCGAAAAUUGUCAGAGUCUGAACUUGAGUAUUAACAAGUUUUCUGGAGAAAUCCCUGGAUGCAUUGGCAAUCUCAAAAUGUUGCAGACUCUUGAUAUCUCAAACAACAGUUUCGUCAAAUUCCACCUGUUUGGGCAAAGGCAUUGGAGUCGAACAACAGAACUGACUCUAGGAAAUCCAAGACUCUGCCUAGCAUCCAUGAAAGGCGGCAACUGCACGAGUCAAAAGAAAGCACAUCCAGGAGGUUCAGUCCUUGCUGGUAUAAUAAUUGGAUCAUUUUUCUUGACAGUAUGCCUUCUUGCAGCCAUAUACGCGUUAUUAACUCGUUUUUGGCACCGUACAUCAUCAUCUUCUCAUCAAGAUCUGCUGUACCAUCAAUCAAGAAAUGAAGAGUUACCAGAAGAUCUGAAUUUCAUGGAUAUUCUUCGUGCAACUGAAGGUUGGAGUGAUAAGCAUGUGAUCGGAAGAGGCAAGCAUGGGACUGUGUAUAGAGCAGAGUCAGUGAAAUCAAAAAAGCAGUGGGCAAUUAAGAAGGUGGAUCUGAGUGAAUCAAAAUUCAACUCAGAGAUGAGAAUUUUGAACCUAGUCAGACACAGGAACAUACUUAGAAUGGGAGGUUACAGCAUCAGAAAUGGAUAUGGAUACAUUGUUACAGAAUACAUGCCUGAGGACACUCUCUAUCAUCUACUGCACAAGAGACAACCACGUGUAGCUUUGACCUGGGAGCAGCGAUGCCGUAUUGCUCUUGGAAUUGCUCAAGGUUUGUCCUAUCUUCACCAUGACUGUGUACCUCCAAUCAUUCACAGGGACAUCAAGUCAGACAACAUACUGCUGGACUCAGAAUUUGAACCAAAGCUUGGAGAUUUUGGGGCAGCAAAAUUGGAUUCGGAUGUUGAUGAAGACGAACCCGAUUCUGUAAUUGUUGGAACACUUGGCUAGAUAGCACCAGGUACGCAGCAGCUAAUCAUUACAUGUCAGAAUAUGUAUGCUACAAUGUUGUG